GAACGAGUGAAGGAACGAGUGAAGGAGCGAGUGAAGGAGCGAGUGAAGGAGCGAGUGAAGGAACGAGUGAAGGAGCGAGUGAAGGAACGAGUGAAGGAGCGAGAGAAGGAACGAGUGAAGGAGCGAGUGAAGGAACGAGUGAAGGAGCGAGAGAAGGAACGAGUGAAGGAGCGAGUGAAGGAGCGAGAGAAGGAACGAGAGAAGGAACGAGUGAAGGAGCGAGUGAAGGAGCGAGAGAAGGAACGAGUGAAGGAACGAGUGAAGGAGCGAGUGAAGGAGCGAGUGAAGGAGCGAGAGAAGGAACGAGUGAAGGAACGAGUGAAGGAACGAGUGAAGGAGCGAGUGAAGGAGCGAGUGAAGGAGCGAGUGAAGGAACGAGUGAAGGAGCGA